UGAAAGCGAAGAGGCCCAAUAAGACAUGUCCCCGUCCAGGCGUUUGCCCUACAGCAAUAUUAUUGACGGUGUACCGAGGUGUCCAUUCACUACCCCUGCAACUGUAAGGCAAGCUCUAGAUUUUGUGCCCCAGAAAGGUGACCUCCUGCAGUCGUCAUUCCCCCGAAGUGGCACCCAUUGGGUUCAGUACAUCACCCAGCUGAUACUGGCGGAAGAGGAGCCCAUCAACUCAUACGAGGAGUUCUCGCAGCGCGUGAAUUUCAUUGAAUAUCGCUCGGACCUCAAUGCCUACGAAGCCAGUAGACCGGUGCGAAACUUUUGCACUCACCUGCCACUGCGCAAGGAGAAGCUUAAUGGGGAGGCAAAGUAUAUCUAUGUCGCCCGUAACCCUUGGGACGUCUGCGUCUCACUUUACCACCACAUGUCUGACAUGAGCAUGUAUCGCUUUGAAGACGGCACUUUCGACGACUUUGUGGAGGCCUUUUUGACGGGGUCGCACGGCUACGGCUGCUACUUCCAGCACGUGAUGCAGGGCUACUCCCUGAAGGACGAACCGAACGUUCUCUUUCUCACGUACGAAGAACUGAAGAAGCACCCUCGCAAUACCAUACUUCGUCUGGCAAGCUUCAUUGCCGAACGCUACGAGAAAAUGCUGCGGCAAGUCAACGCGGAGGGACAAGACCGGCUAGACGUGAUGCUCGCGAGAAGUAGCACGGAGAACAUGCGACGGGUGAUGGUCUUCAACCUCAGCAAACAUCCCCUGCCGGAGGUGGACAAGCAGCUGAAGAUAUUAGACGUCUCGUCCAGGGCAGCUUACGAAGGGGAUCCCAAACGCCAUACAUUCAUUAGGAAGGGUGCCGUUGGUAAUUGGAAGCAGCAUUUCACGCGGGAGCAACUAAGCCUUAUGGAAACCACUAUCGUAGAAAAAACACGCGGAUCUGAUGUCAUGAGCCUUUGGAAUGAUAUACGACAAGAGGCGCUGGGAAUGUGUUCAAUGGUGAUGGCCAAGCUUGACUGAAUCGUGGAUGGCUAAUGCGUUUGCUCCAGAAAUUGUGGUUGGGAAAUCUGUGUUGACACGGCCAGGUACAGAGGCAUCCUUCCCCACAUGACUACAACAUGAACACGCCCCAAUGCAAUAAUAAAAUUCGCUGCCUCAUGCUGUGCAAAGAAGUUCCCGAGGAACUUGUGAGCAAAGGGGCGAAAUUUGCGCACUGUUGAAGCGGCAUGUGUGGAAAGAACCAUUGUAUCUUUGCUUCUUCGACGUCCAAUUUUUUUCUACCUUUACAACAUAUCUUCGAGCAUGUCUUAAAUGCUACGUAUUUAAUAAAAUAACGGAAUGUGGUUAAAAAUACCAGUUCUUUAUGAAGUACGUUGUUAAUAGAAAAUAAAAUUUAGGCACGAAUGAAGAAACAACGUGUCUCCUUUGAAUUUCCUUUUUUGAGGUCUCUGGAGACGCCCAGGUCUCCUGGGAGUCUCCAGACUCAGCAAU